AUUGUUUUCCCCUGGCUUACUGCCAGGAUAUCGGACAGUUGUUUUUCGCAACCAAGUUCUUCUCGAAAGGGUUUGACUUUUAAGAACUGAAAAUGGCAGCACGUGAAGCAGCGUUAAAACUAUGGAAAUUGACCCUUGCCAAUUCGAAAGUACUUCUUCAAAAAACUAUAUAUUAUGGCAAAGUAGAAUUGGUACCACCGAAGGUGUCUGAUAUACCAGUCAUCAAGAAUAGCAUCCAAAGCCUGAUUAAUUCUGCUAAAACUGGGAAAUACCGUGAGGUUACAGUACGUGAAGCCUGGUUGAAUACUUUAGUUACCAUUGAAAUAUUAUGCUGGUUCUACGUAGGUGAAUGUAUCGGUAAACGACAUCUUAUUGGUUACGAUGUUUAAACAUAUAUUGUAAUUAAAUUACAUAGACAUAAUUUCUGUAUAAAUAAUAGAUGUUAUUAUAAAUACAAACUCA